AUGAUGGACACAAAUCAGUCUCAGAUGAACAUCACUGUUGGGCUGCAAUAUCAGGGAUUACUGGGAAUAGUGUUGUUUUUCAUUCAGACAGCAGUUCCAUCCUGUAUCUUUCUCUUCAUUAAUGGGACGUUGUUAUUCACCUUGAGGAGUAAACCAGUGUUUCGUGAGACCUCUCGGUACAUUCUACUGUAUAACCUCCUUUUUGCAGACACUGUAUUGCUAACAAACAGUCAGUUACUGUACAUAAUCGCUGCUUGUAGAAUAAGACUCACAUAUCCUGUGUGUGGUGCUGCACUCAUGCUCAGCCAUCUUACGACUGUUAUUUCUCCUCUCACACUGGUGGUGAUGUCUCUGGAGAGAUAUGCAGCCGUGUGCUACCCACUGAGGCAUGCUACCAUUAUUACCAUCAAAAACACAGGGGUGGCUAUCAUUGUGGUUUGGGCCUUCAGUUCACUAAGUGUUAUCGUUCGAGUUUUUCUAAUAUUAAGCUUUCCAUUUGCAGAGCUGGAGAACCUGCAGAUGAAAGACUUUUGUGGAAAAGAAAGCAUAUUACUUGAUCCAAGGUCUGAUAUUUAUGAAAAAACAUUCACUUAUUUUCUGUUUGCUUCAGCUGGUGUGACAGUCACUUGGUCCUAUAUCGGUGUAAUGUUAGCAGCCAGGUCAGCCUCUACAGACAAAGCUUCAGCCAAAAAGGCUCGUAACACGCUGCUGCUGCAUCUGGUGCAGCUGGGCCUUAGUAUCUCAUCGACUAUACACAACCCAUUGCUCUUCUCUAUUCCCAAAAGCCUAGAUAGGGUCACAACUGUACGUAUCCAGAUAGUUAUUUAUCUGUGUAUUAUCAUCCUGCCUAGAUGCCUGAGUGGCCUCAUAUAUGGUCUCAGAGAUCAGACCAUCAGACCUGUCUUCAUGCAUCUCUGCUGUCAGUGGAAACGCUCACCUUCUCUUUCAGAUGUCCCAACCAAGGAUAAAGUUUAA